AUGAAUCCUUCCUAUCGUACAGGGAAUUCUAUUGAUGGGACAGAGGAAACUGGGAUGAACGUGGACGUGCUACGUUUGUUGGCAGCCAGAUCGGCAGAAAUGAUGGCUUGUGAAUCUUCCAUUCACAUAACAACGGCACGAGCCAUUGCUCCACUUCAGAAACUCCCCGUCCGCCUUCGUAGGCGCGCCGCUAGCCACAAAAUUCAACGCCUGCCAAGACGUUUGCACCAGGGAGUCGCUCAAACCUUGAGCAAAAAGCUUGUCGGUCAAGCCAAGAAAUGCCGUCGCUUUCGUCGCCGUCCCCAAAGACUGGCAGCAUUGGCAGCACAUCGCGCCCAAAUCCCUGUUAGCAAUGUUGAGGGUAAUAGUGUUCAAGCCCGUUGGAUUCCAACUGCUCUAUGGCAUGCUAAACGCUUCCAUAUCGUCCAGAACUGGGGGUGGCGAAUACCCUACGCUCCCACGGAUAAAAUGUUCAAAACCCUCCAGCGAGCUACUACUGACCGCUGUAUGCUGAUUGAUCAAGGAUAUUUAAAUUGUUUCGCUCUUACUGGACCUGUGGAUGUGUUAAAUCGAUGUAUAGAAGAAACAACCCUUCCAUAUUACGUGUCCAGCAUUAGCCCCAACCAACCAGAUGAUACCUCACAGUCUUCAGAAUUUCAAGAGACUGUUCGCCUACUAUGCCGUGAAGCCAUACAACCUCGAGCCCCAAUCGGUAUUGCUCGUCUUCCAAACAUCUCCAGACCUAUUCUCGGUCCUCUUCGAAUACUCAAAGGUCCAGUUCGUCAGUUCGGGAAUGGAGAGAAGCAUUCGACGGUCUGGUUCUGGUUGCAUCCUACCAUGUCUUCUGACGCUUGGAAGAUGGUCUCCUCCCUAAGCUACGUUCGUACAGACCAGGAGGAAACAUCCGAAUCAACUAACAUCAAACUAUCAGAUUGUACCGGUCAUCUCUGCCGAAUGAAACUAAUUGGUCCAUUCUCCCAUCAAAUUCUUGCAGAUAUCCUUCAACCUCAUUCAGAGGUGCCUGAAAGUGGGGACUGGUCUCUGUGGAAGGCUCUGGGUGACUAUCAAAAGUCCAGUUUGUUUCCAUCGGGCUGUGCUCUGACUCUACUAUGUUCGCCUUUCUUGACGAAUAGGCCCCGAGUGAAAUUGUUCAACCGGAAUUGGUUAAUUCCUGAACCUAAGAUGGGCAAAGACUCCACAAAUCUGAGUAGUAGUUUUGUCUCAAAGUCUCUGUCUCAAUUUGAUUUUUCCCAAAUUCAACAAGGUAAACGCGAUUUGACUUUCAGCGACCAGAUCAUUCAGUGGUUCUCAUCAGCACAGCCUUGCUGCUUCUCUAAUGCCGGUGUACCAAUCAUCCUAGUACAAAACGCAACCCCCAGCCUAUCCAGUCAGAAAUCUCAAUGCAUCGGUUGGGACAUAGUUCUUCCAAGACAACUUCUCAAACCACUCCCUGAUGAUAACAAGAAUGAGACGCCAGCAGUCAGCACAUCAGCUCCUCGUGACCUUGUGGUGGCCUGCGUUUACCGAGGUGUACGAGUAGGGGGUUUGAGGGAUCAGUUGCGAUGGUCUUGUCUCACUACAGAAGCCGCAGCCAGGGUCGAUGCCUUCCCCUAUGCCCUCUGGCCGGAAACGCCCGCCGCCAAACUUAUCACUGACGAGAAGUUUCAUAUUAGGGUGGAGAGAAAUGAAAAGGGCAAACUAACUGGAGAUGCCAAACGUCGCGCAAGAAUCAACUUUCGUUGUUCGCCGCCAACAACGAAGGACUGGUUGGAGUUAAUGGAGUCCUUCCACCCUUCAGUACCCACUUCCCAAGGAGGGGGUGAUGGUACUGCAGAGAAUUCCUUCUUCUUUGUCCUCCGUGACAAAGCAAUGCUAGUUCUGGUGGUCCGACGUUUGCUGGCCGGAGAUUCUCGAGCCCGCCAUCUCACUGUAGAUCAUCUCUCGAGAUACGAUCCUGACUUGCCUAGAGCCCUUGUCAUGGUAAAAUUGGAAGUUUUAUCACGGGGGAUUCCGGAGUCGAAAGCAGAAAUAUAUGCUCCACUAGAAAUUGCCAGCCCUUCACUCGGUCCACUUCCUAGAGAUACUCCACGAAAACUAAUAGGCUAUGUGGAUGAAGGUGGCUACGCCUUUUCCCAUGGUUUAUGUAUCGCAAUUGGCUUCAUCAGUCUAGCUGCUGUGUGCUCCCUUUCUCAAACAGAGAGACUUCCAAAUGGUCUACAGACUGUUCUAUUCAAGAGUAGCAAAUCGGGAAUUAUUUGUGCUGCAAAAAUGACUGUAGUUAUAUAA